CAGUGCCUUGAGCCUCAGGGAGCUGAGGGGUCCAUCUACAAAAAGACAGAAGAAACAUAUGAAUGGUGACUUUAUCUGAAGGAAGAUACCGUGUCAAUUUAUAACAUUUCAUGGAUUUGUUACCAACUGGACAUAACGUUGCUGUCUCCUAGGUUUUAGACCCAUAUCGAAUAAUAGCAACAGAAGAAAAAUGAUUUUGUUAGCUGGACUGACACCUAUCAUCAAUCACUGAGGAGGCUUCUCUGGGGGACUUGAAAGUGAAACGUAAUUUUUUGGAGAAUGAGUUCCAGGAGGCUUACAACACGCUCCUACUCUGCGGGGGAUGGAAGGUCCGGCUACCACAAUGUAGAUGAUGUCACAGGGAGCAGCAGAGCCAACAGCCGAGCCAACAGCCACAGCUACCUCUCCAGUGUCAGGCCUGAACACAGCUACUCCAGUCACAGCUAUUCUCAAUACAGGCCAUCAAGGAGCACACUGCACUGUGUUAUGCAACAGUUAACUGAGGAAACCCAGCCAUACUUUGAAUCCACUUUAAAGUCAAAAGCUGUGUCUGAAACCUGUAACACCAUGUUCACCUGUGACGUGUCAGGUCACCCGACUCCGGAAGUGACAUGGUAUAAAGAUGAUGUGCAAUUGGACAGAUACUGUGGACUACCUAAAUAUAAUAUAUCCCGCAAUGGACAAAACCAUUCCCUGCACAUUUAUAAUUGCAGUGAGGAGGAUGCAGCCAUCUACCAGGCGUCUGCCAGGAACAGCAAAGGCAUUGUGUCCUGCUCUGGAGUUCUGGAGGUGGGGACGAUGACGGAGUACAAAAUCCACCAGCAAUAUUUUGCAAAGAUGAAGCUUAAUGCAGAAAAGAAUAGCAGGGAGCUGGAGAAGCCCAAGGUGUGGGACAAGGAGAACCACAUAUCUUUAGAUGGUCAACAGGAGACACAGAGGACCAUCAGUCCAGACCGGUCCCAGAGGAAAAGACAUUCUCCUAUGGACCACAGCUUCAUUGCCCCCAGCUCUAUGGAGAAUGAGGUGGUGGAGAAAAAUACUCUGGCCCAGGCUGCUGAGGUUGAGUCCAGAAUACAGGACAGAGUGGCAGGGGAAGAGGAAAUGGAAACUACUGUUAUUGGGACUGGGGCUUCCUAUAUCAAACGACAGACAGCCAUUACAGAAAAUGGAAGUAGCAAAGGCUUGACGUAUGACCAUGAUUCAUUGCAAAAGUAUUUUGCUCCACAUACGCCCAAAGUAUCACUGUCCAAGAAGAAGGUAAAGAUCUUUAAAGGAGAAGAGAGCAGUGUGACAGCUGAUAGCCAGGCAGGGAAGGGGCCUGAGAGGGACAGUGGGAUGAGUGAGGAAGGAAAAGUCAGUGUGACAUUCUGUCUGGCAGAUUCUGCAACCUUGCCAAUUGAAGCAAUGGAAGUGGAGAGUGCUGUGGACCCUUCAGCCUCCAAGAUGAAUGGUGUAAACUACAUGAAACAGACAAAGAAAGACCCACAGAAUAACACUGUGUCCAUAAUGGAAGACGUGAAGGUUCAAUUGGAUGAAAAGACGCUUGUAAAAACCCUACCACACAAGGAUGAAUCUACUUCUCCUGGGUUCUCUUCGAAAGGGCAAACCACUUCAGGGACUAAGAAUCAAACAUGUUCAGUGGCUCAGGUGACCCGUAAGGUUGGAAAUAACAACAUCAAGGGAAGUCAUAGUACAGUUCCUCCUGUGACCUCAAUACAACCACAAGCACAUACUUCAGAUAAACUACAACCAAAACCAAUUAUUCCAGUUGAACUACAACCACAACCAAGUCUUGCAGUUGAACUACAACCACAACCAAGCACAUCAGUUACAUUACAACCUCAGCCAAGUGCUUCACUGAAACUACAACCACAACCAAGACCUCCCUCUGUAACGUCACAACCACAACAGAGCGAAAUAGUAAAGCCACCAGUACAAACAAGCCUUUCAGUGAAACCACCAGAACAAACAAGCCUUUCAGUAAAACCACCAACACAGCCAAGCCUUUCAGUAAAACCACAAGCACAGCCAAGCCUUUCAGUAAAACCACAAGCACAGCCAAGCCUUUUAGUAAAACCACGAGCACAGCCAAGCCUUUCAGUAAAACCAUCAGCACAUCCAAGCCUUUUAGUAAAACCACAAGCACAGCCAAGUCUUAUAGUAAAACCACAAGCACAACCAAGCCAUCCAGUAAAACUGCAAGCACAACCAAUCCUUUCCACAAAACCAGAAGCACAACCAAGUCUGUCAUUGAAUCCAGAAACACAACCAAGUCAUCAUUCAGCAAAACUACAACCACAGCCAAAUAAACGGAGUCCUCUUUCAGGGGAACUAGUACCACAGCUAUGUCAGUCAAGUGGUCCUUCAGCAAAACGUAAUCCAAGUCCUUCUGCAAACCUGCAUUCACAAUCAAGUCCUUCACAAACACAACAACCUCAAACAAGUCCCUCUGUUACUCUACAACCACAACCAAGUUCUUGUCCACAUAUGUCAAACAGCUCAUCAAAGGGCAUUGGAACCAAUCAAAACAUUAUAAUGGACAAUAAGCCUUCGGCACCGGGAAACCUUAACAGCUUUACUGCGAAAGCUAAAACAGAAUGCUCAUCAAAGGAUUCUGCGACAGUGCUUGGGAUACUACAAUCAGAUACAUCUUCCAUCCAUCAAACUGGAAGAGCGGGUCAUGUUGCUGGGGGUACAGUGCCAUCUGUCCUAAUGAUACCCCGUGAGAGCAGCAAGUCCGUCUCUGCUUUGCCUCAGCGUCUGUGUGAACAGGCAGGAGAUCAGAUGUCUGAGGAGGAAACAAGCACCAGCCUAAAGAAUGUGUCUGUGUCUCAGCUGCCUGUGCUGCUGGGUGAGGAGGUUACACAGAAACACAGACAGAAGAUAGAGAGGAAUGGAACACCUGUCUGUCCAGAAUCAGUAACACCAACCACCCGAAGCAAGCUGAACAUGCCACGAAAACACUCUCCAUCGGCAUCGGAUGAAGAGCUUGUAACAGAUGCUAACAAGCGUACCCCUGCUGUGCACAAUACCCCUGGCCAAUCAGCCUCUGACAAACUGACACAGGGCACACAGGAGUAUUCCAGAGGAUCAAAUGAGAGCAAUACAGUACCUUUUACAGAGCCACUGAUGUCACCCCUCGAAAGCCAUGGUGCUGGUGAGAACACCUUGGGGUGUAGUGUUUCAUUAGUGGGACAGCGAUGUCAAAUUGAGAUGGCUAUAAAAAAAAUUGGGGAGACAGAAAUACAAGUUGAUUUAAAAGGAAAGGGUAGUUUGGUAGGUGAGUUACAAGUGAAGCGAGACAAUAACGAGAAGAAACCUGGGUUGGAAUCUGUUCAUAAAGCGGAGAGAGUUAGCAAAUUUCAGGAAAGUGAGAUCAAAACCAUUUCAAAAACCCCUGUUAUGGAAAGUGUUGAACGUGUAAAAGUGCAACUUUUGGAUGUAGAAUUAGAGAAUAAGCAAUGUGGUUUGAAGAAAGCAGAAUGUAAAAUUCCAGAUAUUCAAAAAUGUCUUCCUCAGAAUUGUUCCUUAAAUCCCUGCUUCAGUACUUUUAUUUCAAACAAAACAAAUUCAACAGACAAAACAAAUGUUUCAGAUGCUGACAUCUCUAGACAUAAAAAAAUAUAUUUAAAAGAUGCCCCAAAACCAGUAGCCAAAGUAAUGUCUAUAGCAGAGCUUCUAAGAUCACAAAUGGUCUGCAUAGACGAUAACAAAGUUCCACUCGUCUCAGUGGCACCAAUUGCGGAGAUCUCCAUUUCAACACCUCCGGUACAAAAUCCAAAUGCAGACCAACAACCUAGAAGCCCCUCAGUAACAGGCAUACAGAACAUGAGAAUGCAAAGUCUGGAGUUAAGGAUGUAUGACACAAAUUAUAGACAGGAACCUGAGAAAAGCACUUGUAAGAAGGUAGCAGGUAUUUGUAAUGGCUUUGUUUCUGCUUCAAAUGUAGAGCAUAACUUAACUAGCUCUAAACCAGAAUGUGUGGAAUCUUCCAUAGUUAGACCAAUGACUGAAGCCUCAUCUAAAGCUUUUGUUAUUCCUCCCAUCUCUAUCAUAGACAUGGAUGGUUCUUUAGAGAACAGUAAUACUCCUCUAUGUAUAGUAACAAACACUGAAAAUGUCAUGGAUGCAAAACAUGAGCAGGUUUUGGAUCAUACUGCUUACAUUAGUCCAGACGGUAAUUAUAAUGGUCAAAGAGAGACUUCACUUAUUACACCAGAGCAAAGGUCUUCAGAAAUGACAGUUACUUCUACACCCAUCUCAUCUGUAACCGACACCGCAGAGACACAACAAAAACUCUCAAAUUCAAUAAAAGAGAUGAAUUCGUCACACGCACUGCCUCCAGUGUUCAGCAGUCAACAUGGCAGAGACAGAAGGUGUCCUUCUUCCCUUUCGGAGCAUUCAGAAGAGUCUAGCCCACUUCCUAAUACCAAGAAGCCAGGAUUUACAACGAACCCUUCAACCCCGACACUGCAACCUGUCCAUGAACCCCCCCCAGUAAUAGGUAUGAAUCUAAUUCAUAGUGAAGAACACAAACCUGAUGCACCUCAGACUGAUCCUCAGCCUGUAACAAUGCUUGUAACCAGGGGUUUCCUGUGUAAUGAGACUCAAGGGUCUGUACCUGUUUCCAUCAUUCAUUUGGAUAACAAAACCUCUCCAUCCGAAGGGGUAAAAGCUGAGGAAUAUUCAAAGUCAGACUCUUUGUCAUGUGUCACAGUCAAUGAAGUCAGUACUGGCCUGCUAAAGACAGACAGUGUGUCCCUUAUCCCCUCAGCCACCCCACAGGAGCUGGCCUCUGGUGCCCGCCGCAAAAUCAUCAUUCCCAAAGUCCAAGGAGAGGACCCGAAAGCUGCAGCUUCACCAACGGAUGUCCAGAGCCCUCACAGAGAGGAAGUGUCCAGGAUUACCUUUGGGCUCUCCCCAGAGUCCCCUUCACCCAAGUCCCCUUGUCAAUCCCUCAGAUUUCCUCUGCGGCAGAACCAAAGUGGCCAACACACCCCUCCAGCAGAGAGACAGUCCCCUCUCCUUGUCAGAAGGAAAGUGACUCAAAAUCCAGAGACAACAGACACUGCUAAGACUGAAGAGAAACCGUCUGAACAGGACAAGCACAAGCAUAACCCAUUCAAAGCUCCUCAGGUUAUCAGGAAGAUUAGGGGAGAGCCCUUCUCAGAUGCCGCGGGACAUUUGAAACUGUGGUGCCAGUUUUUCAACGUGCUUAGUGACUCCACCAUCAGGUGGUUCAGGGAUGAGGUGGAGAUCGCUACAGAUAAAAGAAGUUCAGGAGAUGAGACUCAGGUAGCACUGGCCAUUGUUCACACAUCCAGCAUAGAUUGUGGAGUUUACGGCUGCACCAUCACUAAUGAAUAUGGGACGGACACAACAGACUUUCUACUCUCUGUUGACAUACUCUCUGGCAUGUUUUUGCGUGAUGAUCAAGAAGUGGGAGAGGAGAUAGAGAUGACUCCGCUGCUGUUCACUAAGGGCCUGGCUGACUCUGGCACCUGGGGAAGGAAGUUCUUUGGGCGGAUCAUGACGGAGGAGGCCCACAUUGGAAAGGGUUGCUCCCACAAGGCCUGUAAGGUGAAAGUUAUCUAUGGGCUGGACCCAGUGUUUGAGUCGGGGUCUACCUGUUACAUCAAGGUGAAGAGUCCCAUUGCCUACUAUGGAGCCAAAGGAGAGAGCAACUUGGUCGAGAGGAACCACGCAAUGACACAGCAGGAAUGUAGAAUUCAGAACAUGGCCCGUGAAUACUCCAAGAUCUUUGCUGCAGAAUGUAGGGUGAUAGAAACCUUUGGGGCAGUACUGGAAGUGAUCCCAGUGUACCUGAUAUAUCGCCCUGCCAAUACUAUUCCCCAUGCCACUGUAGAGACUGACCUGAAUGGGGACUUUGUAAGGUACAGUCAGGUUGAUGCUUCAGGCCGCUUGGUCAUGGGAACUGGCUCUGAGGCAGCACUGAAAUGCAGUGCACUGCAGCACUGGAUCCACCAGUGGACCAACGGAAACCUCCUGCUUACUCGGAUGGAAGGUGUUGACCUCAAGAUCACAAAUGUUUCAGUGUCCAUCAAAUCAAAAGGGUACCAAAGUCUCACGAUCACAGAGAACCCCAGUGUGUUUGAGCAGUUUGUCUCUCAGCACCACUGUAACUACUACUGUGGCCUCCUCAGCCUGAAACUGCUGAAAAGCCAAGACUCCCUACAGACCCCAGCCAAACCCAAGGGCUCCAGGAGCCCACUGCUCCACCGCAAAGUGUCUGGCUCCUCCAGUCCACAGCCCUCCAGGAAAGCUACAGGAAGCCCCAGGCUGGCCAGAAAGGAAGUUGAGCCAGAGGACAGCAAGUCCACUACCAACCUCAAGAAUGUAGAUUUCCUCAAGGUUGUCCAGAGCUAGAAUGGCUUCUCUGGUUGUAGAAAACAGCUGCUUUUCUCAAUGAAGAGAAUACAUACUGAACAAGGUAUGGAAUCACGGCCGGACAUGUCCACCCCAUCAGUAGAGCUUUGGGGGAGCUGGGAGCCAGUCUGGGAUGAAAGGCUGGUGACCCCUCCCUCCUUUAAGCUUUGAGAGAAAAAGAGACAAAGACAGAGGCAUGGGUCCCAGAAGAAGGUUGAGAUGGAUGGCCAUCUCAGAAGGCCAAGAGAAUGGAAAGACAAUGAGAACGAAGAAUGUAGCCAGACAUAACAGAGGCAUUUUGCACAUAUUCAAAUUAAUUAUGUGUUUCAAGAAACAAUGACAAGCACCUUAGUAUCAAAGGUCAUGAUGUCUAUGUUGCCAGAAUUGGAAACAAUAGAUAUAAAUGACUGCAGUAGUACGACCAUCAAAGUAUACAAUUAUUAAUUAUUAAAUUGACUAAAUAAUGAA